AUGUCGUCCCAGAAGCCCCAAGGCAAGGCCCAGCGCUCGGCUAUCGCCGACGUGGUCGCCCGCGAGUACACCAUCCACAUGCACAAGCGCCUCCACGGUGUCAGCUUCAAGAAGAGGGCCCCGCGUGCUAUCAAGGAGAUCAAGGCGUUCGCUACCAAGGCGAUGGGCACCUCGGACGUCCGCGUGGAUCCCCAGCUGAACAAGAAGGUCUGGGAGCAGGGUGUCAAGGGUGUUGGCUACAGGCUCCGCAUCCGCAUCUCCCGGAGGCGUAACGACGAGGAAGGCGCCAAGGAGAAGCUCUACAGCUACGUGCAGGCCGUCAACGUCAAGAACCCCAAGGGUCUGCACACCGUUGUCGUUGAGGAGUAA